UAAAUCAGUUCUGUCGAUAAGGAUCAGUUCCUGAACUGGUUUCUAUUCUUACAGCAACCGGUACUGAAUUAUGUAAUUAUUUGUGCUUUCACUCGCAAAGCAAGGUUAGUUGGGGACCAAUAUCAUUUCUAUAACGGUCCAGUUCUUAAAGAGUUAUAUUUCACAUCAUGAGUCUUCAAAGGGUACUUGUUUAUGGUGGGUGUGGUGCUUUGGGAUCAACUUGUGUACAGUAUUUUAAAAAUAAAAAUUGGUGGGUGGGAUCAAUUGAUACAAAACCAAAUGAUUUAGCCGAUAAGAGUUUCAUUGUUGAUGUGACUGAACCAUGUCUUAAACAGGAAGAAACUAUACGUUCAGCAGUCUCGUCAGCACUAGGAAAUGACAAGCUCGAUGCCAUAAUAUGUGUUGCGGGUGGAUGGGCUGGAGGAAGUGCUGCCUCUGAAGAUUUCUUAAAGAAUUCAGAUCUGAUGUGGAAGCAGAGUGUUUGGAGUUCUUCUAUUGCUGCAUCACUUAGUAAUAAGUUUUUGAAGGAAGGUGGUUUUCUAACUUUGACUGGUGCUAAUGCAGCGUUGAAGGGAACUCCAGGAAUGAUCGGUUAUGGAAUGGCAAAGGCAGCAGUACACCAUUUGACCAAGUCCUUGGCAUGUGACAAUAGCGGUCUUCCUGCAAAAGCCCAAGUUGUAUCCAUACUUCCUGUAACUCUUGACACACCAAUGAAUAGAAAAUGGAUGCCGAAAGCUGAUACAUCUACCUGGACUCCUCUCGAGUUUAUUGCUGAAUUAUUCCAUAAAUGGAUUACUGUACCUGGAGAUCGUCCACCUAAUGGAAGUCUCGUAUCUUUAAUCACUAAGGAUAAUGAAUCCAAAUAUGUUGUAGAAUAGAUUUUAAUCAAAGAGAAAAAUAUCAACACAACAAAAUUAUUCAUAAAAAAAUGUAUUAAUUUACAAAUAUCUAAUGUGAUAUGAUGUUAUUUACAAUAAAUUAUAUACAUUAUAUACAAGACAAUAUCAUAUUGAAUAUUAAGAUGUUUUUGUUAUUUUGAAGCUUUUUAUAUUUUAUUUGUAUAAAUAAAUUUAUUAUUCUGAUUGAGUGGUGUUCUCCUUCCUUACAUUAAAAAAUAACGAGUGACCUAUUUGUCAAGCAUAGGCAUUCCAAUUACUGCCAUCUUCGGGUAAUAAGCCAUUGGUGACUAAGAGAAUUAUAUCCACGAUCCACCAAAUUCCGACACCGCCUAGAGUUAGGAGUUUACCGACGGCUGUUCCGGUUUGGCCCAAGCAAAACCUGUCCAUCCCAAGAAAGCCAAGCAAUAUGGAGUACAUUAAUGUUGUAACGAAGUAGUAACCACCAUAUCUAAAAAGUAAAAUUCAACCAUUAAUUCAUUAGUAUUUAUGAAUAAAUAUAAUUUAAUAAUUUUAAGUAAUAAUAUAAUCUUACUUGAUACAGGGAAAACCAUCUCGAUAAAAGGUUCUUGCACCAAAGCACUCAAUAUGAGGCAACACAACACAUUGCACUUUAGCUCUUUCAACAUCUUCAUAACGAUAAUUACCAAACUGAAAAAAAAAAAAUAUUUACAUGAAAUUUAACUGAUAAAAAAAUAAAUAAAAUGGGAUCAUGAUUAAUCCCUUACUUUCACACAUCCAUAACCUGCUUCUUCUUUAGCAGUUUUGUUUCCUUUAUGAUCGACAGGAGAAUCACAGUCUAAGAAAUCAAUAGG